GUCCUUGAUAAACAUGUUUUUACUGUACUAGUGUCAUGCGUGAAUGGCAGUGCUUGGAAUGGUAUCGUAGAAUUUGCCCCAAGUGAGUUAGAUGCGUGUAACAUGGAGAGAAGAGAGUUCACAGCAUCGCUUGUGGCUGGAGGCUGUGCAGGGAUGUGUGUGGAUCUCACACUCUUUCCUCUGGACACCGUAAAGACCAGACUGCAAAGCCAGCAAGGCUUCUACAAGGCCGGGGGCUUCCGGGGCAUCUAUGCAGGGGUCCCCUCAGCUGCGGUGGGGUCGUUCCCCAACGCUGCGGCAUUCUUUGUCACUUAUGAGACCGCAAAGUCCCUGCUUGGAGUCUCCACAGCCCCCUACAUUGUGCCUGUCACUCACAUGGUCGCCGCCUCUCUCGGAGAAAUCGUGGCCUGUCUUAUCCGCGUGCCCACGGAGGUGGUGAAACAGCGGACACAGGCGUGCCCGUCCUCCAGCUCGUACCGGCAAUUGGUCAACACACUGCGAGAGGAGGGCUUUAGAGGCUUGUACAGGGGCUACAGAAGCACAGUGCUCAGAGAGAUUCCAUUCUCCCUGGUUCAGUUUCCUUUAUGGGAGUAUUUGAAGAGUCUUUGGUCAUGGAGGCAAGGUCACGCGCUGUAUUCUUGGCAGUCGGCUGUGUGCGGAGCUUUUGCAGGUGGAGUAGCUGCCUUUGUCACCACCCCGCUGGAUGUAGCAAAGACCAGAAUAAUGUUGGCGAAGGCAGGGACAAGGACGGCCAGCGGAAACGUCCCUGUGGUGCUGUAUGAGGUCUGGAAGAGCAGGGGACUCCGAGGUCUUUUUGCUGGCAGUGUUCCCCGGAUGACCUCCAUCAGCAUGGGGGGGUUCAUCUUCCUGGGGGCUUACGAGAAGGUCCGCAGCUUACUGCUGUAGAAGCAUGGUAUCCAGAACGAGGGGCGUGGUUGGAACCCCCCCCCCCCC